CCUUGUUCCUCCUCAUCAUGCCGCCGCCGUCGAAGGCUAAAGCCCCGGCAAAAGGGGGCCCUGUGAAAUCAAAGAAGAAAGCUGCAACUGCGAAGCCCCCGCUCUCUGAGCCUGAGCGUAUCAAGAAACUCUUCAACUCGCUUGUCGCGCAGAUCGCGGAUAGGCACUGGAAGAAUGCAAUCAAGACGUGCGACAAGAUCCUUAAGCUCGACCCGAACGAUGCGGACGCACUACAGGCGAAGAUCUAUGCGAUGAUGGAGGCCGACCAGCAUGCAGGUGCUCUUGACAUACUUGGUUCUCAACAUCAAUACGAGCGCGCAUACUCCCUGUACAAGCUCCAGCGUGAGGCGGAGGCGCGGGAGAUUUUGGACACCAUCACACCUCAAGAUGACCGCAGUGUGCUGGUAUUGCGCGCGCAGAUCUGCUACCGUGAGGGGGACUAUGCCACGGCUUGCGACCUUUACAAUCAGCUUCUGGACCAGCCAGAACUCGCCGACGAGCAAGAAGACAUCCUUAACAACCUCCACGCCGCCCAGCAGCACCUCGACUUCAUCACCUCCGGCUUCCUCGCCGCCCUCGGGCGCCUCCCCAACGCCGCCGACCUCGAGACCGCGCCGCCCCCCGCGCCCGCGAGACCGCAGGCGGAGCUGCUGGUGGCGUCUACAUCCACCGCGAAUGCUGCACCCAAAGCCCAACCUCCUACUGGCUCCUCCGCACCCAUUGCGCCACGCAAGGUCCGUGCGCGGCGCGUGCCCAAGGGCGUCGUCCCCGGCGUCACGCCGCCGCCCGACCCGGAGCGCUGGCUGAAGAAGACGGAGCGGUCGACGUAUCACGCGGGGAAGAAGCGCGGGAGAACGGGAGCGACGCAGGGGUUCACUACAGGCCCCGAGGCAACUGGAGGAGCUGGAGGAGGAGGAGGAGGAGGGAGUGGUGGGGGUGGUGGUGGAGGGAAGGGGAAGGGGAAGAAGAAGAGAUGAUCCUCCACUGUAUCCAAACACACGCUUGCUGGUGCGAAAUGCGAGUUCCUGCACACUAUAUGUUUUCUUGUAGGUGCGAAACUCCUGAGAUAACGCACGACGGGGCAAGUUUGACUAGUGUUCUUUGUUGCUCAAACCUAUUGUUCCCAAUCCAGCGCGCGAGGUCUUCUGC